AUUGACGCCGGGCUUCUGCGUUAUAUCAAUUCAGUCCUGUACCAGCAGAUGGCGCCGUUGCCCUCGCGGCAGCUCUCUUGUACCUUCUUGGAUUGCUUUUCCUGCUUUUGGCCGCUGCGUCACCGCCGCGUCGGUCCGUCGCCCGGGCAACCCAAAUCGACAACAAAACCAAAGGAGACGAAGUUACCAGAAACUUCAAAAUGAAAUGACCACGAGAUUUUAACGCAGCCUAUGCCAAAUGGUUUGUCUUCAACUGGCAGGAGAAUAGCUGCUAACUAAUUCAAAAACAAAGUUUUGACACCCCUCAGGGUUUAGAAAUUGACAAAAAAAAAGUGCAACCCUUGUGUUAAAUUUCGUGUGUAUGUUUCGUUGGUAUACGUCGGCCUCAUGAGUGAGGUCUGUGUGCGGGUGGCGGUCCGGAUCCGUCCCCUGCUCCGCAGAGAGCUCCUCCACCGCCACCAGGUGUGUGUCCGGGUGGCGCCGCCGGGCUCCGGCCAGGUGUUGCUCGGCCCGGACCGCCUCUUCUCCUUCGACCACGCGUUCGGACCGACAGCCGGCCAGGAUGAGGUGUACGAGUCCUGCGUCCAGCCCCUGGUGGAGUCCCUGCUCGACGGAUACAACGCAACCGUGUUUUGUUACGGACAGACUGGGUCUGGCAAGACGUACACACUGGGAGGGGGGAGCCAAGAUGAAGGAGGAAUCAUUGACCGAGUAGCCCAGGAUGUGUUUUUGUUGCUGGCGGAGCGGAAGAGCGAUGGCAGCGUCGAGGCCACGGUGCGGGUCUCAUACAUGGAGCUGUACAGAGAGGAACUACGGGACUUGUUGGACAUGAACACCGAUUAUAAAGAGCUUCACAUCAGAGAGGAUGAAAAGGGGAACACAGUUGUGGUCGGUGCCAGAGAGAUGGUUGUCGCCUCAGCCGAGGAGCUGCUCGGCGCCGUGGAGAUGGGAAACGCCCUGCGUCACACCGGCGCCACGGGGAUGAACGAGCACUCCAGUCGGUCUCACGUCAUCCUCACCCUUCAGAUCAGCGUCCGUUCCCUGAAGUCUGCGCGGUCGUCCAAACUCUGCCUGGUGGACCUGGCGGGCUCGGAACGGGCCGGCAAAACCGGGAACGCCGGAGCGCAAUUGAAGGAGUCGGCGCUCAUCAACACAGGCCUGCUGGCUCUGGGCAAUGUCAUCCGCGCCCUCUCCGACCGCGGGGCGCACGUGCCGUACCGCGACGCCAAGAUCACUCGCCUCCUCCGGGACUCGCUGGGAGGCAACGCCCACACGGUGAUGGUGGCCUGCGUGAGUCCGUCCCACCACUUCGUCGCCGAGACGCUGAAUGUCCUCCAGUUCGCCUCCAAGGCGCGUCACGUCCGCAACUGCCCGGGACCGGCGCCCCUUCUGGCAAACGUCAAAUCAGAGCCCGACUCCUGGCAGCCCGCCAUGGCUCGGCUCGGGGAGCUGGAGUACGAAGUUCAGACGCUGAGAGAGCUUCUGAAACAGAAGGAGAAGGACGCGGAGGAGACGGGAAGGGAGAAAACGGGGCCUGGAGGUGGAGAGGGGGGAGGCGUCACGCAGCCCGGGCAGAUCAGGGUACCUGACCCGGAUAAGAGGCCGAACCAAGACUCCGCUGUGCAGUAUCUCUUCCUGACAAAGGAGGCUGCCGCUUUGCUUGCAGAUAUCUCCGAAGCAUCUCUGAGUGAUUCGUUCAGGCAGAGACUGCGAGAGUGGCAGGAGAGACUGGCAGCCGUCAGCCAGUCGCAUCAGACAGACAUUAUAGACGGUUCAGAGGGGGCUGGAGACCAACCCUUCCAUGGAAGCGCUUUAAAACUCAGAGAAGAACUCCACAAGUGUCAGGAAGCUCUCAAAGAAAAAGAACAGAUUUUGACGCAAAAAGACGAAGAACUGAGACAGAUUCAAAAAGAAGUUCAGGAACUGCUUGACGAGAAAAGAACCCAACGUUUAGCUUUGGAGGAGGAAAAGGAACGUUCUGGGCUGCAGAAAGAGCAGCUGGUGAAUCAGCAGAUUGUGAUUGAUCGCCUUCGCAGCAACCUCCUGGCUGUUCACGAGACCACGCCAGGGGCAACCGGAGAGGCAAGGCCUUCUGGGUACUUAUGCCAGAGAGCCCACAGUGUCCCUCUGAUCAGACCCAGCUCUCUACAGAGGCCGUCCAGGAAGAUUCACUCCAGUCCGCCAGCCUGUUCGCUGGAGAGGGUGAUGGCGGCUUUUAAGAUGCGUGGUCACCUCCUGCUGGCUGGGAUUGAGGAAAAAGAUGAAGUCUACUCUCCGUUCAUUACACAACAGCAGGAAAGCAAAGAAACAAGUCUGAAAAUUUCUGGGGAGGAGGAAGAAGAGGAGGAGAUGGAAGUGGAGAGAGACGUGUGCAGAGACGAAUUUAGGCAUUCUUUAAAUCGGACAUGGACAAGCUGGGAAAAGAAACUACUGCUGGAACCCAAAAGUGCUGGAGUGGAAACUUGUAAUGGAAACACAGCAGUACACGAGUCGGAUCAGGUCAAAGAAAACCUCACGAAGACGGUAAGACGAGCCAGCAAUGCUGAAAGAAGAAUCCAUGAACUGACAGUCAACAUGCGCAUGAAGGAGGAACUCAUCAAAGAACUCGACAGAACUGAAAGGGAAACCAGAGCCCUGGAGAGAGAUGACAGAGGAGUCGGGAACGCGUUGGGAAGACUCUCCAUGCAGAGCCAGAGCAUCCGGGCUGAGGUGUACCACAGUCUGCAGAACAUGAGACAGGAGAGAGCGAAGCUGCAGAGCGGCCUCAGGGAGAUGGACGAGAGCGCCGACAUAAACAGAGCACUCCAUCAAACGAGGGAUUCAGCUGUCCCUGAAGGCUUUCCCUGGGAAGCGUCAAACAGAAUGCUGCGCGGCAGAAGUUGGCUCGAGAAAGAGGAGGAACGGGUCAUUCAGACGAGAGCCGAGCUGCGGGAGCUGGAAGAAGAGCUGAAGCGAAAGGAGGAGGUCCUGCAGCACAGAGAGGCCUGUUUGCAACAGAAAACCAAACUGGAGAUCAAGAUGCUGCAGUCCAGCCAGGCUUUGAGUCGGGACUUGAUGCGCGUGUCCGUUCAGUUGGAGUCUGUCGAAGAGCAGCUGCAGAGCGAGCGCAGCGUAAGAAAGACCAAAGGAGUUACAGUGGGGGAGCUGGAGAAAGAGAGGGACAUGCUUAGGAUGAAAAGAGACACCCUGGAAGCCCAGCUGAGGAACAACAGGGGGCUGACUGUGGAGGAGGAGCAUUCCCUCCUCCAGCUGCAGGAAGCUGUCGAGGCUCUGGAUGCAGCUCUGGAGUUUAAGAACAACUCCAUCCAGGACCGGCAGAAGCACUUGUCGGUCACACACCAGCCUCUGCGGGAGUCGGCGGGCGCUGAACCCGCCCGACACGGCGACAUCACCAGGAAGCUGAAGAAGCUCUCGUUACCCGAGGCCGUGGAGCUGCUGAUCAAAUAUUUCAACAAGGUCGUUUGUCUUCGAGAGGCAGAGCGCCGUUUACGUUUGCGAUGCGAGGAGCUGGAGCUUCACGCCGGAGAGCAGGAGGCGGCACUGAGGAAGAUGGAGGCGGCCAUCCAGCGUUUGGCGCUGGAAUCAGACCGCAGGCUCACCCAGCAACACAGAGCCCACCAAAACAACAUCCAGCUGCUGCUACAGGAACUUAAAGAGGGGGUAUCAGGAGACGCCCAGCAGUCGGUACAGGAUAGAGUCCAGCAUCUGGAGAAAGAGCUGUUUUUCUACAAAAACUCCAGUCGGCAGCUGAAAAAGAAGCUCAAAGAACUUCUCAGUGACGCUCCCUCCGCCGACGAUCGGUCCACACACGCACCAGAGAGCAGACCUGUCAGGGAGGAUAACCCAAAAGCAUAUUGCGAAGAGGCAGGAAAGACGACACACAUUUCAACCACAUACACAAAAAUAUAUACCGAGCAAACGGAUGGAAAACCACUCACCGCAUCGCCUGCUGCCGUCCAAGCACUCUCGAAGACAAAAGCCUCCGAACAGAGAAAAGGACUCGCACACGGAAGGAGUACGAGAGGUCAACCUGAGGAGAGUUUAGAGAUCACCCCUGUCAGGCUGCGUCGAAGAGAGCUGAGAGAGAUUCCUGCAGCUGAACUGCAGCUCCUUGGUUCUACCACUAGGAGGCACCAGUCUGCUGUUUAUUCAAGCUCCGAGUCAAUGAUGGAGGACUCCAUUGAAGUGCCCAGAAACAAGUGAUUCUGCUUUAUUAUCUGUCUGCAAAUGACCCUAGCAAUAGGAUGACAUUAAAGGAGCUGUUAUGUCGAUGAUCGAUUAGAAAAAAAUGCACUGAAUAGAUUGUUUCUUCUUUUGGUAAGUUGUAACAAUUUUGAAGCAUCAUAAAGCAGUUGAAACGAGGGGAAUGAAUUGAGCGUCUAAAAAAUGAACUGCCUGCCAACAGAAACUGUUGUGGUUUAUUUUUCUGUGAAAGUAAAACUUUUAUCAUUGUUGUUGUUGCUGUUAUUGUUGUUGUUAUUUGUUAUGAUAGAUUUCCAAAUAUUGUACGGCACCACGCCUUCUAUUUUUUUUGUUACUUAAUGCUGUUUGGGAGAAAUAAUUAUAAGCUCUUAAAGGACUUAAAUGUUAAACAUUUAUGCACGUUUUUCUAAAUGUGUUUUGUUAACGAUGGAAAAUUCAGCACUUUUCUGGUUUGACUUCUCGUAUUAUUGUAUUGUUUUUAUACAGUUGCUAAACUCAUAUUUACAAUAGUUACCAUAUCAUUUCCCCCCAUUUCACUAUAUGAUUACCUCCUGUUUUUAUGCAAGCCUAAUAUAAACAUGCAUUUAUGU